CUCAUUUAUCCCCCCAUUAUUUCAGUGGCAGUACCUGCUUCGGUCCUUGAAUUGAAUUGAUUGCAGGAACCAGAGGAGCAAACGGACACGCGCGAGCGCCGAGACGACUCGCCCCGACAUCAUACAUCAUGCCGUGUGGACUCGGAGGAAGUACGACAACACAGAGGAAGUUGGUGUUACUCGGUGAUGGUGCUUGCGGAAAGACUAGUUUACUGAACGUCUUUACCAGAGGCUAUUUCCCAACAGUCUACGAACCUACGGUUUUUGAGAAUUAUGUACAUGACAUCUUUGUCGAUGGCACCCACAUCGAACUUUCCCUAUGGGACACUGCCGGCCAGGAAGAAUUCGAUCGCUUACGCUCCCUCUCCUACGAUGACACCCAUGCCAUUAUGCUCUGCUUUAGCGUCGACUCCAAAGACUCCCUUGAGAACGUCGAGUCGAAAUGGGUUGCUGAGAUUGCCGAGAACUGUCAAGGCGUAAAGCUGGUCCUCGUCGCUCUCAAGUGCGACCUGCGCGAACAAGGGGAUGAGGAAGGUGCCGCCGAUGCGGGAGAGGGCGCACAUAGAGAGAAGAAGGAGAUGAUCAAUUACAACCAGGGUCUUGAGGUUGCGAGGAGGAUCAAUGCCCUGCGAUAUUUGGAAUGCUCGGCGAUGCGAAAUCGCGGUGUUAACGAGGCCUUUACGGAAGCGGCGAGGGUGGCGCUUAGUGUCAAGUCCGGGGGCGGCAAGGACGAUAAGAAGUGCGAUGUCAUGUAGAAGGCAUGGC